UAGAAUAUUACAAGGGAGGGAAGUGUAAAAUCACAAAAACUUCAUCGUCAUGGCUGCAAUUCGUGACGUCGUUACCGUCAACCUCUUCCCCCAUUCUUGCUCUCUGAAUCUUCUUCUUCUUCCAUAAUAUGCGUACACACAUGUAGGUUAGGGUUUCUCUCCGUCGAUACAUACAGGAUACAUACAUACAUACAUACAUACAAUUCGUUCGGUUCGCCUGUUAAAUAUCAAUGACUCCGAUAUUCAAAAACCUCCAGCUGACGGAGGUUAACGGCCGGAGUCGCGGCGGAGUUCGCGAUGCGACGGCGAUUGACAUCGGCGGAAACCUAGAGGACGUUAGGCUUUUAGAUUCUUGUGACGACGGUUACGGUGUGGAGAAAACAGGCGUUGCGAGAAUUCAGAUGAGAAUCACCGGGAUGACGUGUGCAGCGUGUUCGAAUUCCGUUGAAGGAGCGAUUAGGAGCCUAAACGGCGUCGUUAGCGCCUCUGUUGCUUUGUUGCAGAACAAAGCUGACGUCGUUUAUUAUCCUAAUUUGGUUAAUGAUGGUGAUAUUAAGAAUGCAAUAGAAGAUGCAGGAUUCGAGGCAGAGAUUCUACAAGAACAGCCGACCACAAAGGCAAAGUCACACGAAACUCUAGUAGGGCAGUUCAUAAUCGGAGGAAUGACAUGUGCAGCUUGUGUUAAUUCUCUUGAAGGCAUCUUAAGAAAGCUUCCUGGUGUUAAACGUGCUAUCGUUGCUCUCGCUACUUCACUUGGGGAAGUAGAGUACGAUCCCUUAAUAAUCAGCAAGAAUGAAAUCGUAAAUGCAAUUGAAGAUGCCGGUUUUGAGGCUUCUCUUGCACAAAGCAGUGGACAGGAUCGAAUCACGUUAGGAGUUAAUGGAAUAUACAGUAAUUUGGAUGUACAUAUGUUAAAUGACAUGCUAUACAACAUGAAAGGAGUGAGACAGUUUACUUUUAACAAGACAUCAAGUGAGUUAGAUGUGCUCUUUGAUACCGAGAUCCUAGGUCCUAGAGCCUUAGUUGAUGCAAUUAAUGAAGAAAGUUCCUCAGAUUUUAAAGUACAUGUAAAGAACCCUCAUAUUAGGAUGGUUUCUCAAAAUAUAGAAGAAUCCACACGCAUGUUGCACCAUGUUCUACUCAGUUUGUCUCUCGGUAUUCCUAUCUUUGCAAUGCGGUUCAUAUGUCCAUAUAUACCUUUUCUUAAUACCAUAUUGGUUUUGCAAAUCGGGCCGUUCCAACUUGGUGAUUGGCUACGUGUGGUGUUGGCCGGGCUCGUUCAGUUUGUUGUUGGGAAGCGUUUUUAUCUUGCAGCGUUCAGAGCACUACGUAAUCGUGCAACAAACAUGGAUGUUUUGGUGGCACUCGGAACCUCAGCUGCAUACUUCUAUUCUGUUUAUGCACUGUUAUAUGGUGCAAUCACAGGGUUUUGGUUUCAAACGUAUUUUGAAACAAGUCCCAUGUUAAUAACUUUUGUAUUGUUCGGGAAGUACUUGGAAAAUCUAGCAAAAGGGAAAACAUCAGAUGCUAUAAAAAAGUUGGUGGAACUUGCACCUUCAACAGCUUUGCUGCUUAUCCAAGACAAAGGUGGAAGUGUUAUUGGAGAAAGGGAAAUAGAUGCAUUACUUAUCCAACCUGGUGACUUAUUAAAGAUUGUUCCCGGUUCAAAGGUUCCAGUUGACGGUUUCGUUGUAUCGGGUUCAAGUUAUGUGAAUGAGAGUAUGGUUACGGGUGAAUCCGCACCUGUUUUGAAGAAGGCCAGUUCUUUAGUGAUUGGAGGUACGAUAAACUUACAUGGCUCCCUCUAUGUUCAAGCUACAAAAAUAGGUUCUGACACCGUUUUGAGCCAGAUAAUUUCACUGGUUGAGACCGCACAAAUGACGAAAGCUCCUAUUCAGAAGUUUGCCGACUUUGUUGCAAGCAUUUUUGUCCCUACAGUUGUUGCGUUGUCAAUGACAACAUUCAUGGUGUGGUACUUUAGUGGAGUUGUUGGAUCGUACCCUCAAGACUGGCUACCUCAAAAUGGCACCUACUUUGAUUUUGCACUCAUGUUCUCGAUUUCGGUGGUGGUUGUUGCAUGUCCUUGUGCUCUUGGCCUAGCCACGCCAACUGCUGUCAUGGUUGCAACUGGGGUCGGAGCAAAUAAUGGCGUGUUGAUCAAAGGAGGAGACGCGUUAGAGCGGGCUCAAAAGAUUCGUUAUGUGGUAUUUGAUAAAACCGGGACUCUAACUCAGAGUAAAGCUGCAGUUACCACUGUCAAAGUGUUCACUAGAAUGGACCGUGGAGAAUUUUUGACAUUGGUUGCUUCUGCUGAGGCUAACAGUGAGCAUCCUAUAUCAAAAGCAAUACUGGAAUACGCUUGCAAUUUCCAUUUCUUUGAGGAUCCUUGUGUAACCAAAGAUUCUCUAAUUGAGAUAAGUGAUGCUAAAAUGACGGGAUGGCUUCUUGAUACGGUGGAUUUCUAUACGAUUCCAGGAAAAGGCAUUCAGUGUUACAUCAAUGAGAAGCAGAUUUUGGUUGGAAACAGAAGUUUACUGGGCGAGAGAGGGGUUAAUAUUCCAAUAGAUGUUGAAAAUGUGCUGGUGGAUCUUGAAGAAAACGCAAAGACUGGGAUAUUGGUGGCAUAUGAUUCUCAACUCAUUGGUGUUAUGGGAGUUGCAGAUCCUAUAAAACGAGAAGCAGCUGUUGUUGUUGAAGGCCUUUUCAAAAUGGGUGUCCGAUCCAUCAUGGUUACCGGAGACAAUUGGCGUACUGCCAAAGCCGUUGCACAAGAGGCUGGCAUUCAAGACGUAAGGGCAGAGGUUUUGCCAGCUGGGAAAGCUGACGUCAUCCGUUCAUUACAAAAAGACGGAAGCAUAGUGGCUAUGGUGGGUGACGGCAUCAACGACUCCCCAGCCUUGGCGGCAGCAGACGUUGGCAUGGCGAUUGGGGCUGGAACCGACAUUGCCAUAGAGGCUGCUGACUAUGUAUUAAUGAAAAGCAACUUGGAAGAUGUGAUCACAGCCAUUGAUCUUUCACGAAAAACAUUUGCCCGCAUUCGUUUAAAUUACGUGUUUGCCAUGGCCUACAACGUGAUCGCGAUUCCUGUAUCAGCCGGGAUUCUAUUCCCAUGGUUAAAUAUCAAAUUGCCACCGUGGGUUGCAGGUGCCUGUAUGGCACUCUCAUCUGUAAGUGUUGUUUGCUCUUCUUUGCUUCUGAGACGGUAUAGAAAACCAAGGCUUACUGCUAUACUGGAAAUAACCCUAGAGUGAAUAUUAGAAAUGUUACAUGUUUUAUAAACAUUUGUUUUUUUUUUAUAUAUUUCUGAGUUUAGUUGUAGCUU